AUGUCUUCAUCCACACGAGAAGAGUAUCGCCAGCAUUCGAGGAGUAGUUCAGAUACGCAUAUCCCAGAUCUAGAGAAGGGCGACGCGAGACCUGACAAAGAAGGAGAAGAGGUCGUCGAAGAGAAACAACCGCAAGAGACGAAUGAUGAAAUCGGCGAAGACCUCGAAAAGCACCUGACAAGGAAGAGCACGAAGAAAGACCAGCUCGCACCUGAAAAGUACCCGCUGUCCGACCUCGACAACAAUCUCGUCGGCUGGGAUUCGCAAGACGAUCCAGCGAACCCUCGCAACUUCACGACGAAGAGAAAGAUCACACUCCUUGGUUUGGUCGCUGCCAUCACUUUUGUCAGUCCGCUUGCCUCCUCCAUCUUCGCACCCGGCAUACCAUUCGUCAAUGCGGAUUUCGGAAAUACAUCGCAGCUUCUUGGUUCUUUCUCCGUCAGUGUCUACGUCCUCGGUUUCGCUUUCGGCCCGCUCUUCCUGAGUCCGCUCUCAGAGAUCUACGGAAGAUGCGUCGUACUCAACUGCUCCAAUGUCUUCUUCUGCGCCUUCACUAUCGGCUGCGCGCUUGCGCCUAACCUUGGUGGCCUCAUCGGCAUGCGAUUCCUCGCUGGUGUCGGAGGCAGCGCGUGUCUGACAAUCGGCACUGGUGUCAUUGCCGACAUGUUUGUCCCUGCGCAGCGUGGCAAGGCUGUAUCCAUCUACAGUAUGGGCAUUCUUUUCGGUCCUAUCCUCGGUCCCAUCUGCGGUGGCUUCAUUGCACAGCGUGCUGGCUGGCGUUGGGACAUGUGGGUUGUCCUCAUCGUUGGCGGCCUCUUGACCGGAGCCCUGUUCGUCUUCAACCGCGAAACAUACCACGCUGUGCUGCUCAACCGCAAGACGGAGCGUUUGAGGAAGGAGUUGAACCGUCCCGAGCUUCAGAACAUCAUGACGUACCAGAAAGACGCUGCUAUUCUCAGUCCUCUCGCUAUCCUCGGAAACGGUAUCACACGCCCGCUCAAGAUGCUCACCAGGUCACCCAUUGUGUUGCUCUGCUCACUCUACAUGUCCUUCCUCUUCGGCUUGCUAUUCCUCCUCUUUACCACCAUCACAUCCGUCUUCGUCCAGACGUAUGGCUGGUCUCCCGAAAUCACCGGUCUCGCAUACUUGGGUGUCGGAAUUGGCAACUUCAUGGGCAUCGCUUUCGUGGCCAAGACGAGCGAUGCGACCAUCAUCCGACUUGCGAAGAAGAACAAGGGCGUCUACGAGCCAGAGAUGCGACUUCCGCUCUGUGUCUUCUUCGGAACUCUGAUUCCUAUUUCUUUCUUCAUAUAUGGCUGGACAACUCACUAUCAUGUGCACUGGAUCGUACCCAUCAUCUCCCUCGUCCCCUUUGGUUUCGGCCUCAUGGGUAUCUUCGCGCCCCUGCAGACAUACAUGAUCGAUUGCUUCCCUCAGUUCGCUGCGUCCGCCAUCGCCGGUAUGACAGCCCUGCGUUGUCUCUUCGGCGCACUGCUUCCGCUUGCUGGACCAACCAUGUACGAAUCGUUGGGUUUGGGCUGGGGAAACAGUUUGCUGGGUUUCUUGGCUGUGGCUUUCAUUCCCGUGCCAGCGCUGUUGUUUAGGUACGGAAAAGUGAUUAGGGAAAAGUACCCUAUCAAGUUGUAG